AUGAUGGAUUACAUAAAUUUCAGACCUACAAGAUACUCAUACGCCGAUAUUAAAAGGAUUACAAAUCAAUUUAAUGAGAAGUUAGGCGAAGGAGCAUAUGGAACAGUAUUCAAAGGAAAGCUUUCCAAUGAAAUUCAUGUUGCAGUGAAGAUCCUUAACUCCUCUAUGGGAAAUGGGGAAGAAUUCAUAAAUGAAGUAGGAACAAUGGGUACGAUCCAUCAUGUUAACGUGGUUCGCUUGGUUGGGUUUUGCGCUGAUGGAUUUAGACGUGCUCUAGUUUGUGAGUUCUUACCAAAUGAUUCUCUAGAGAAGUACAUAUCUUCAACAGCCACCAAGAACCGUAUCCUUAAUUGGGAUAAGUUGCAAGAUAUUACUAUUGGCGUAGCAAAAGGAAUUGAAUAUCUUCACCAAGGGUGCAACCAACGAAUCCUCCAUUUUGAUAUCAAACCUGGUAAUGUUUUGCUAGACCAAGACUUCAAUCCAAAAAUUUCUGAUUUUGGUCUUGCCAAAUUGUGUUCGAAGGAUCAAAGUGCAGUUUCCAUGACCACAGCUAGAGGGACUAUAGGCUACAUUGCACCUGAAGUGUUCUCUAGAAAUUUUGGAAAUGUGUCUUCAAAAGCAGAUGUUUAUAGCUUUGGAAUGUUGUUACUUGAAAUAGUUGGAGGGAGGAAAAAUGUUGAUGUUACAGUUGAGAACACUAGCAAAGUCUACUUUCCAGAAUGGAUCUACAAUCUCUUAGAACAAAAGGAAGACAUACGAAUCUAUGUUGAAGAUGAUGGAGAUUCUAAAAUUGCAAAGAAACUUGCAAUCGUAGGAAUCUGGUGCAUCCAAUGGCACCCAGUGGAUCGUCCUUGCAUGAAAAAUGUGGUUCAAAUGUUGGAAGGAGAAGAAGAUAAAUUAAUUAUGCCUCCUAAUCCAUUUGCCUCUGCAUGCUCCAUAAAAACUAAUGCAAAUAUUCCUACGAAACGUCUAAAUCUUGAGUUGGAGGUCAUUCCAGAAUUAGAAUAAUUGUAUGUGAACUUGGCAUAUGUAAUAACUUUAUAAGUUGCAUUAAUAUUGUAGUCUUAUAACUUAUUAACCUUUUAGUCAAUGUAUAACCAAUUCGAGGAUUAUAAAAAAAGUGUGCGCUAUAUUUGUUUUCUUU